AUGGUUGAUGUUAAAGACGUUCCUCAAGAUGAAAAGGAUACGUUUGUAUGCAAUAUAAAAGCGCUUAGAAUGAUUAGAUUUUCCCUACAGUUUGACACCUUUCGGUUGGUUAGCUCAUGCAAGACAGCAAAAGAGGUUUGGGACAGGUUGAAAGAGUUGUAUUCUACUGAUGAGGAUCUUGAGCAUUCGAUCCAGACUCUAUUGCUUUCAGAGUUUGGAGACUUCAAGCAGAAACCUGAAGAGAAGCUGAUCCAAGCCUUUGAUCGCUUUAAUCAUUUUCUUAGCAAAAUGAUAAAGCAUGGGAUAGAGAGGAAAGUUAUUGAGCAGAAGGUCACAUUCAUGAAUGGCCUAAGAUCCGAAUGGAUGGUUGUAGUGUCUACUGUAAAGGCCGAUGAACAAUUGAAGGCUUACUUUUUGGCGAAGCUAGUGAGGAUACUAAAGUCAUAUGAAGGUACAAUGACUAAAGAAACGAACGUGGUUUCAAGCAUGGGUUCUUUGGCCCUAAUUUCCAAAGGAAAGAAUGCAAUGAAAGAAGAAGAAGAUUUAGAUCUCUCUGAAUUUAAUCUAACCAAUGAAGAAUAUGCUUUGAUGGUUUCAAACCCAAAGAAGUUCAUUCGGAGAAACUUUCCCACCAAUAAGAACCAAAACUGGCAAGGAAACUACAGUUCUGAAAAGGCAAAGGAGGAACCGAGGAUUACUCCUCAACAAGAAGAACCAAAGAAGGAAAGAAAGAUGUCAAGUGACUCAGGAUUUAAUUGUCACUUCUGUGGAGGCAAAAACCACUUUGCAAAGGACUGUAUGUUGAGGAAGAUGUUAGAGAAGAUUGAAAGUGAAGACAAUGAAGCAUACUACCUGCGAAAGCUAGAAGAGAUUAAGAAGAAGAAAGCUGCUGCAAACAACACUAUGAAUGAUGAAGAAGUGAGAAAGCCUACACAUGGUAGGGAUUUCGUGGCGAAAGAAGACGAGUGUGUGGCUGAAGCAAAGUGUUUGAUGGUGACAGCUGGAGUGUCACAGAUGAGGGGUUACAUCACUGAUGGGGGUCAAGAUGAAGUGAAAGAACGAGAAGACAGGUGCUUCGCUGCCAAGCAUGUUGGUGAGCAGAUCAAUGAGUAUGACCAGUUGAUUAAGAAGAACUCGGUUGAAUUCACUCGUUUGUCCCAAAAUAAGUCCAAAGUUAUGAAAAAAAGGGCUGUGGUGUAUCAGAAGGUCGAAACCACGCCAAAUCAAGUCUGUGCAGUUACCGACAUUACACAGAAGCAAACAGCCGAACUCACAUCAUUAGUGAACGAAGAUAAUGAUGACGGCUGUGAGGAGCAUUUUUGGCCAGCUCCAAUCGAUAAUGCUGAUGAAACAGUUGGUCUUUCUGAGAGAACAUCAUGGAGAGUCAAAGGCAGAUAUGUGGCAUAG